ACCGGCCGGAGGAGGGUCGGCGGCGCGGCCCUCUCACCCCGAGGGAGAGGGGCAGCCGUGACCGCUCCCCGGGGCGGCGGGUGUCUUUCGGGUUUCCGCCCUGCGCGACUCAGCAACGCGUCCCGGACUUCGCCCUCGGCCCAAUCCCGAGAUCGGGCGGUGACAGCACAGCUGGGUUGCCCAUGCUAGACCAGCACAAACGGAGUCUGCCUCCAAAACUUUCUUUACCUGUCAUGACCCUGGUAGGGGCCCUCGCCACUGCGCAGGGCCUUUGGGUACUCAGCUGUCUUCUUUCCCACUCUUGUUUAUGCGGGAUGCCUUCCCAGUUAUCUUCUCCACCUAGUAAACUUCUACUCACUCUCCCAAGGCUCAAUUCAGAGAUCACUUCCCUUGAGAAGACCCCCAGGAGCCCCCAGGUGGGCAACCACUUCCAGGUGCUGCCUUAGCUCUUUCUUUGCCUACAUUUAACACCUCUGGGAAAGGGUCCUUCUUCAAAGUUCUUUCUGGAUUACCUAUCCCCAUCCAGCAUGUAUUUCACUAACUGAUUGCUUGGUGCCCCCAGGACCCAUACAGGGCUGCGCAGUCUGGGGAGGGGGUGGUGGUUUGGGCUCAUGCUUGGUAUUCCUGUCACCUACUCUAGUACCUACAAACCCACAGGCUCCAAGCACAGGGCCCGGGCAGCUCCAGAUCCCCCUCCCCUCUUCGAUGACACAAGCGGUGGUUACUCCAGCCAGCCAGGGGGAUACCCAGCCCCAGGAGCCGACGUGGCCUUCAAUGUCAACCACUUGCUUGGGGACCCCAUGGCCAACGUGGCUAUGGCCUAUGGCAGCUCCAUCGCAUCCCAUGGGAAGGACAUGGUGCACAAGGAGCUGCACCGUUUUGUGUCUGUGAACAAACUCAAGUAUUUUUUUGCUGUGGACACAGCCUAUGUGGCCAAGAAGUUGGGGCUACUGGUCUUCCCCUAUACACACCAGAACUGGGAAGUGCAGUACAGUCGCGACAUGCCUCUGCCACCACGGCAAGAUCUCAACGCCCCUGACCUCUAUAUCCCCACAAUGGCCUUCAUCACCUACGUGCUGUUGGCUGGGAUGGCACUGGGCAUUCAGAAAAGGUUCUCCCCAGAAGUGCUGGGCCUGUGUGCAAGCACGGCGCUGGUGUGGGUCGUGAUGGAGGUGCUAGCCCUGCUCCUGGGCGUCUACCUGGCCACCGUGCGCAGUGACCUGAGCACCUUCCACCUGCUAGCCUACAGCGGCUACAAAUAUGUGGGGAUGAUCCUCAGUGUGCUCACAGGGCUGCUUUUCGGCAGCGAUGGCUACUAUGUGGCACUGGCCUGGACUUCGUCUUCACUCAUGUACUUCAUCCUUCAGCUCUCUCCUUUCUUCUAGGUGCGCUCUUUGCGAACAGCAGCCCUGGGCCCCGACACUAUGGGGGGCCCAGCUCCCCGGCAGCGUCUCCAG